AAAUGAAUAAAAACCUUUUUUCUUCACGAACAGUAGAAGCAUUGGUUGUUCUGUUUUAAGAUCACUCUAUUUUAAACUCCUUCUGAUACAUGUUUCAGUCACACUCAGUUACUCUGAAUAUCAACACACACCAAACGUAUUCUUAUUAUCAUCAAGCCUUUGUUAUUCUACAAAUUACUCAUUAACUAUAAUAAUAAUAAUAAGAAAUACCCAAUAAUUAACUUAUCAAAAAUGUUAGAACCACAAGCUACGGAAAAUCUUAUCCGACAACACUUAAAAGAACAUAAUCUACUGAAAAGUAAAGAAGAUCAAGUAUGGGAAAUUCGUAAUUCAAAAGUAAGUGGCCGUGGAUUAUUUGCUAAGUGUGAUAUAAAACAGGGUGAGUUAAUAUUCAUUGACACGCCAAUGAUCAUUGGACCACGUUGCUAUCAGAAAUAUCUUCCCAUGUGUAUCAACUGCUAUAAAUCCGGAUGCACAUUGUUCUCCUGUGACCGAGGUUGCGGCCUCCCAAUAUGUUCUAAUGAGUGUGAAAACUCUAGGAGUCACAUAGAGUUUGAAUGUGAACGGCUGCAAAGUUGGCAGCCUACUUGCGGAAGUAUGUGGUCCAUGGAACUUCUUCAGGCAGUGGUUCCAAUCAGAUCACUUUCAUUGUCUUCGUAUCAAAGAGACCUUGUUCGUACGCUUCAACAACAUGAAGGUCCACUACAUGGCCGUGAGAUAGAACUGCUGAAGAAAAAUAUUUCAAAAGCAAUCGAUCCAGAGGACGAAGAACUUAUGCUCCAAGUAUGUCGUGCAUUUGAUACUAACGCAUUUGAAACAGCUAUACGUGUUGACGACAAGACUUCGAUAAGUCUUCGAGGUCUCUAUCCUCUAGGAGCAUUGAUAAAUCACUCUUGCUUACCAAAUACCCGGCACUAUUUCAAUGAUAGAGGGUUUAUGUUCACGCGCGCUACAGUUCUUAUUAAAAAAGACGAAGAACUUACGGGAACUUACGUUGAUUUAAUUUGGGGUACUAUUUUACGAAGAAAGUAUUUGCUUUUUUCUAAACACUUCGAAUGCUGCUGCAAAAGAUGUGCAGAUUCUACGGAAUUUGGAACUAACAUCAGCGCUCUGAGAUGUGCUAAUUUAAAAUGCUUUUCAUACAUUUUUCCUGAUGAUCCAUUGAAUUUUAAAAGUUCUUGGACUUGUCGUGAUUGUAAUGUCAAAGUUUCUAGUAAGCAAAUUGAAUCAAUUUAUUCGGCACUUAAUACGAUGAUCAAUAAUGUUCUAAGUGAACCCCCUCGAAAUCUUUUGGAGUUUAUUGAAGGUGAGUUAAAAAUUCUCGUACCUCCGGUCAAUCAUCUUUUGUUGGAUAUGAAGUUUCACGCAGUGUCUUUUUUUGGACGGACUGAAGAACUUGAAUGGAAAAAUUUGUCGGAUAAGGAGCUUGAGUUGAAGGCUCAGUAUUGCAAUGAUUUAAUAAAAAUAUUAGACCAAUUGGGGUGUGGUGAUUGUCAAAAAAAAGGUUUGAUUCUUAAUGAACUUUAUUGCACAAAAAAAGAGCAACUUUCGCGAAAAUUAAGCAGUGAUAAAGAAGAAAUCAAAUUGAAAAUUAAUAAGGAGCUUACAGAAAUAGCGGACAAAGUUAAAAAAAUUCUAGAAUGUGACUUUGAAGCUGCAGAUGAUUUUAAAAAUUUGAAUGUAUCAAAUGAUUAAGUAAUGUUGUUAGUUUAUUAUUAGCAUGUGUAAUUAUAACAACUAUACUCUUGUUGUUGAAUAGCAUUUACUAGAUGUUAUUUUUCUGAUAUUAAUAUACAGUACAAAA